CUUCCCCUUAGAGGAGUCAUGUCACCACAGGAGGUGGAGCCUGGAGAUAAUCUGCCCUGUGCUUGGGGACAUGGUGGGGUGGAGUCCCGGCGGCAGGGGGAGUCGUGGGUGGAGGGCUGGUGUUAGAAGGGAAAAGUCUGACUGGGUGGUUUCACAGGGAGCAGAGGCAUUUGAGUCAGGGCACACAUGCUUCAGCUGUGAGAGGCCCAACUCCCCUUGGCUGGCUGGCAUCCCAGAGCAGAGAGAGAUAGAGAGACCGAGGGCGAAGAGAAGUUAGUGUGAAGCUAAGUAGGAAGAAGAAACAAAGUGGUCGAUAAAGUUUGGAAGGAAAGAGAACGUAUUAGGACUGAGUGUGUGCAGCGGGGCUCCUGUGGGGUAGAUUCCAGUAGGGUAUUUUUAACCGUAGUGAGCGUUUGUAUUCACAGUUGACAGCGAUGGCAGAUGCAGGUGUCAAGAAGGAGCUCGCAGAAGUGUCUUACGAUGAUGACGAGGUCGCUCUGGUGGGAGCCGCCACAGAGCCGGCGGUGGAUGACGACGACCCCGCUGAGGAGGUGGGCCUGGUGCUGGCCACCGGCUCCGGAGACAAGAGUGAAGCUCAGAUGAACGGCGUCAUGGUCCUGUCUUUGCUGGACAAGAUCAUCGGGGUGGUGGACAAUCAGCAGACCCAGAACGGUCUGGAGGCCCGGCAGGAGGCCAUGGAGAAGUCCGUGUCGACCAUCCAAGGGGAGCUGGCUAAGCUGUCCAAGAACCACGUCGGCACGACCAACACCGUCAACAAAAUGCUGGAGAAGGUGCGCAAGGUCAGCGUCAACGUCAAGACGGUGCGCAGCAACCUGGAGAAGCAGGCGGGUCAGAUCAAGAAGCUGGAGAGCAACGAGAACGAGCUGCUCAAGAGACGCAACUUCAAAGUCCUCAUCUACCAGGACCAAGUGAAGCCACCAAAGGCAUCCAAAACCAAGACAGGAGAGGCAGUAGUUGAAGGUAAAGCAGUGGAGGGCCUCGAGCAAAUACCAGAGGAGGAACAAGAGGGAUGUCCAGCCAGUCUCAAUUCAGAUGAAGAGGUGGAGAUUGAGGAGAUUAUCGAAGAGUCUCGUACAAAACGCCUCCAGCGCACCACCAAACAGCAGGUGGACAACAUAAAGAAAGCCUUCUCCAAAGAGAAAAUGGAGAAGACCAAACUAAAGACCAAGGAGAACCUGGAGAAGACCAAGCAGAGAACCCGUGAGAACCUGGAGAAGACAAGACAGAGAACCCGUGACAACCUGGAGAAAACCAAGCACAGCCUCGAGAAGAAGAUUGGCAAGCUCGGGACCCGCAUGACUCCCAACCAGGAGCGCAGGGCGAAGAUGAAGACCUCCAAAGAGAAGGUGAAGAAGUCCCUCACCCCUGACCACACGGUCUACGCUCGCUCCAAGACCACCGUGUACCGUGUGCCCCCCUUUACCUUCCAUGUUAAGAAGAUCCGAGAAGGAGAGGAGGAGGUGAUGCAGAACACAGAGAUGGUGGAGGUGUCCGAGGCAGAGGUUCAGCCGGGCGGAGAGGAGAACGGGCUGGGUUUGCACGUGGAGGUGGAGGAAGGUGAGCUGGUGAGUGUAGACAGCCCAGAGAUGGAGGCUCUGUUGGCAGUGACUGAAGACUCUCAGCUGGUCAGCGUGGAGCCAGACCACCUAAAAAUGGCCCAACAUGAAUAAAGCCUCUUAGCUUCACAGGGCUGUGAUGGAAAAGAUGCAAGGAUGAUGUAGGAAACAGUCGUGGUAGGUGGAAGAGUCUAAUCACAAGGACACAGCAAUGGUCGUGGGGACUUCUUCGAUGUGAUCAAAAUCAAUGACAACUUACUUGUUUUCUUUUCUCUUUUUAUUUUACCCAUGAGGGAUAACUUUCAUAUUUGCUCAUAUUUAGCAAACAAAUAAUAAAAUAAAAACAAAAACAAAGCUAGCUUUUGAAGUAUCCUACAGGCUGACUGGUCAUUCUAGACUUUUACAUCCAGAGUAUUUGCUGUUUGUUUGAUUCAUUGUGUGGCUAUGAGAAAAAAAAACAUCUUUGCUAUGAAGACGUCAUGUUUAGCAUUUCCUACGUAUCACAUGCACAUUCAUAUGUAUGGUAAAAGAAAGUUGCUGAGAAGAUGUAUUGUUCCAAUGAUAUAAUGGAUGGUUUAAGUAUAGAAGUGUGCAUGUGUGAAACAAAAAGUAGGCAAGUAGGCCUGCAGAAUAAUACAGAACUGAGAGUGCUGGAGGAGAGGAGUUGAGUGUAUCUGGACUUGAACUAAAGGAUUUACAAAAAGCAAAAAGUUUUUUUUCCUGACAACUACUUUGCCAGAUGUUGCAAUGUAAUGUUUGUCAGUAUUAAAGACUGAAGUGGAAAUGACUGAAAAUAGAUGUAUAAUGUCUAAAAACAAAUAUUGGGAGCACUGAAACACUGACAAAUUCAACUAUCACGAUGUUUAAACAUAUAUAAGACUACACUAAAUAGGAAAAGAUGCUCGUUUUAAGACCUCACUUCUUGCCGUUAUUAACUUGACAGACAUUAAGUCAUUAUUCUUUUUGUACAUGUUCUGUGUUUUGGUGGAAAAGGUAGUGACAAACAAUCAUACAGUCCCUAAAGAACCUGUUAUUGAAUGUUCAGUUAUACUAUGUGUUCAUGGGGGAAAUAUGUUGUGCUACUAUAUUCUUGUUUCCUGAUUUGGUCGCUCAUUAAAACAUUUCAGCUGUAAUGUAAUGAAAUACUUACAGUUGACGAUAAUGAAAUCGAGAAUGUAACAUUUGCUGCUGUGUAUUUUAUCAGUGCAUGCUUGAAAUCAUGGUUUGAUCAUCACUUUACUGUUUUGAUGUACAUUUUUUGCAUCACAUAUGUUGGACAUAUUGUACUCACUAAGUUUCACUUGGCGCACUGCUGCACAGAGGAGAAUAAAAAUGACUGCGUCACCAUGGCCACAGCUCAUCACAGUACUUUUGCAUGUCCCUAUUAAAUUUCCCCAAAGUAAUUGCAGGCAGAAAAAGGAUGAUCUGAAAGGCAAGAUGACGGUUUAAUGACUAUGUAACAGGUUCAGAGGAAAAUGUCAUCCUAAUUGCGGUUGAACGAAGACAGCACACUGCCAGGUAUUAUGAAUGGAUUGACACUUUGAUAAAUGUCAGAACGCCGCUACAGUAUAAUCCUGUCCAGAAACAUUUUUGCAGAGACCAGAUGGAAUCUUGUGGACUUCCACUGGAUUAUAAAAGGAGCACAGCCCUUGAAAAAGCCAUCUGAUCAUAAAUCAUGACAUAAAGUUGUCAUUAUAAGAUAGAGAUGCAUGCAGGGUGCGAAGGCAGUAUUGCAGUUGAAAUUAUUCUAAAUAUCAAUCCAUUCUUUCUCUAUACACUGCUUUAUCCUCACUAGGGUCACGGUAGGUGCUGGAGCCUAUCCCAGCUGACUCGGGCAAAGGCAGGGGACACCCUGGACAGGUCACCAGUCUGUCACAGGGCUACAUAUACAGACAAACAAUCACACUCACAUUCACACCUGCGGGCAAUUUAGGGUUAUCAAUUAACCUCAAUAUGUUUUUGGACUGGGGCUGCGCAGUCCAAUAUGCUGAGGUUAAUUGGCUACUCUAAAUUGCCCGUAGGAGUGAAUGUGAGUGUGAUUGUUUGUCUGUAUAUGUAGCCCUGUGACAGACUGGUGACCUGUCCAGGGUGUCCCCUGCCUUUGCCCGACUCAGCUGGGAUAGGCUCCAGCACCCCCUGCGACCCUAGUGAGGAUAAAGCGGUGUAUAGAGAAUGGAUGGAUGUUUUUGGACUGUGGGAGGAAGCCAGAGUUCCCGAAAAAAAACACGCAUGCACAGGGAGAACAUGCAAACUCUAUGCAGAAAGAUCCCAGGCCCAGGCUGGGAUUUGAACCAGGGAUCUUCUUGCUGCAAGGCAAAAGAGCUAACCAUUACUCCACUGUGCAGCCCUAUUCUGAAUAUGACAAGACCAAUGUUUAAUCAUAGCCACAUUUGGCCAUGCAAGGCGCAAGUCUCCAAGACAGGAGCAAUGCGAAUGUGUGGCUUCUAUUUUCCUCCCUGGAGAGGAGGUGUGACCUUGAUGUGGCGCAGGCAAACACGGACACCCACUGUGUAGCAUGGAACACCAUUAAAAUAAUCAAUGGGCAGGGGAAAAUGCAAUUAAGUAGAGUGCUCUCUGUGAGCACUGAGCAGGGUAGGGAACAGUGAGAAAGACAGAGAACAAGGAUGCUUGUCUGAAUGUGUGUGUGUUUGCGAGUGUGUUGUAUGUGCAUACCAUUUGCACGAGCAUGAAGUGGAAGUGUCAUAGAAUUAAAAAAAGAAGUCAGUUAUAGCCCUGUAAAAUCCUAUAGGCUUUGAAUUUUUAUAGCAUUGUUUUUAUGACUUUUUUGACACAAAUAUUUAAAUAGUCUCAGCAACACCUGUAAGAUAUUGAUCCCAUUGAUGAAAUGUGUGAUUUUGCCCUCAUGUAUAUUUUGCUUUGUUUUAAGCUACUGGUUAUUCUAUAAAAUAUUAAGCCAGACUGCUAUAAAUGUGAUUUAGACCAUGCACUGUCUAUGUAGACAGAAAUGAAAGUAGCCACACUGCUGCAACAUAUAGUUGCUCUUGGUGUUGCUGAUUCAUACUGAAGUAAUGCAGCUUGCCUGAUUCUGUUGUGUUUAAGGUUCAUUUUUGCCUAACCAUCUCAUUAUAAAUAAAGGCUUGCUGAAUAAUAAAGUG